AUUUUAAAUAUACACCCGCCCGCAGAAGAUCUCAACCCCGAAUAGCACUUUCCUCUAUAAAAGCGAAGAUAUUUUCCCAGCUUAAAUCAUUUUCACUUGUUUGUGAGGUUUUGCUUAAACCCUAGCCGCUUCACUCUUUUCUCUCGAAUUUUGAGAACCUCAGCUUAGGUAAAACCGAAAUGGCUUUCUGUAACAAGAUUGGAAACCUCUUGAGGCAGAGUGCUUCUCAGACCAGCCAAGCCCCUUCACCCAUGCUUAACUACCUUCGCCACAUGUCGUCAAGCAAGCUUUUUAUUGGAGGUCUUUCUUAUGGAGUCGAUGACCAAUCUCUUAGGGAUGCAUUCUCAACCUAUGGAGAUGUGACUGAGGCAAGAGUUAUCACUGAUAGAGACACCGGAAGAUCAAGGGGAUUUGGAUUUGUCAGCUACACCAGUGAGGAUGCUGCAACUUCAGCACUUGCUAUGGAUGGGCAGGAUUUAAACGGGCGACCCGUUCGUGUGUCUUAUGCAAAUGAUAGACCUUCUGCACCUCGUGGUGGUGGCGGUGGUGGCUAUAAUGAAUUUUCUAACCGUGGUGGUGGCGGCGGUGGUUGGUGAUGCAAUCGUCUUUUAAUUUGAUGUUGUUUUCUGCUUAUGUUGAGUUGUGUCAAAAAUUCUAUGAAGUUGUUGCUGCCUAAGUGGUAGAUAAAUCACUAAUUAGUGAAAUGUUAUGGCUUUUUUUGUCGUUGCACAUUUUGGUGGUUAUUCAGUAUUUUUCUAGGUUCAGUGUGUUCUUUAACUCCUAAAAUAGUAGAAUGUUAUGUGGUUUCAAUAAUAUUCAUUAUUGUUACGGGUUUUUAGAAAAUGUCAAGGUACAACAAUUUCAAUUUGCUUUUUUUGCUGGAA